UGCUGGAAUCCUGCUGGUCGGAGUCUACAUUGCAUGGAAACGGAAAAACAACUCUCAGCCACCGGGCCGCUAUACGUACAAAGCUGCUGGAAGAGAUUCACACACAGAUGGACCGAUGCCCAAUGCAGAUAAUGCACUGCAGAUAUAUUAUGAGUACUUAAAACGACGAACGUCAUACAUAAUCGACUAUAAUUCCAAUCCUGGACAAAGCACGCUCAUCAAAGAGAGAUUUGUGCAACCUCUCCUGCUCGACUAUCACUACCAAGACAGCGCCAAGGAUCACGCGGUCAUUACGGCGGUGAAGAAUCAGGAGCGUAUAUUGGAGGAUUUGAAGAAUACUGGGUUCUAUUGUAGGCAACUGUUUGAUCCAUGUAAAAACAGUUCAGAGCUUCCCCACCUGAUUGUGUUGGUUGGCGUGCCGGGCAUUGGGAAAACCACCUUGACUAAAAUGAUGAUAAACGAACUCUUGUCGGUUGAAACAUUUUUUCACGUCAAUUUUAAGAUCAUCGUGUACAUCCAGUUGCGAGAGCUGAAUAGCUAUCCCCGAAUCAUUUCACUUCGUGAAAUUUUACGGAGGCAGCACUCGGACCUGGGCAGUAUGGCCAACAGCAUGUUUCACGACCCUCGUGACGUCCUCCUGGUCCUGGACGGGCUGGAUGAGUUCAGGAACCCCCUCGACAUUGCAAAUGCCUGCAGCGGCCUCGACGACAAGGGAAGCAUAGAAGCCAUUGUUGGCGGACUAGUGAUAGGAAAACUGCUGCCCGAGGCCUCUGUGUUGCUGACAACUCGUCCCAUUGCAAUUGACCAGUUGCGCGGUGUGAAGGUCGAUCGAUUUGUGGAAAUUUCGGGCUUUACAAGGGCAGAGAUCAAAGGGUACCUUUGCAAACUGUAUCCGGAAGAUGGUCUUGGGUCAGAGAUUGCGUCAUCGCUGGAAAAGUAUGAAAAUGUAUUUAAUCUGUGCUACAUCCCAGCAUUCUGCUACAUAGCCGGCACAGCGUUGAAGCCUUUUAUAAGCCGAGACAAACAAUUCGACUCAGAGUCUGCUACACUGACAAUGACUGAUCUCUUCUCCAAGUUUUUGUAUGUGCUCAUCACUCAUCACAGGGGAAAGAUUACUAAUCCGAGGAAGACUGUUGCAGAACUUGCAAAACUCGCCUUGUGGGGAAUUGAAAAGCACAUUCAAUUGUUCAGCUAUCGCGACUUGCAAGAUGCUAACGUCAAUGUCAGUAGCCUGAAAGGCACAUUCAUCAGUGAGUUGUUCAAAAAUGAGGAGUUUAAUUCAGUCAAAAUGUACUCCUUUUCCCACCUGACGAUUCAGGAGUACUUUGCAUCACUGGCCAUGUACCUUCAUCGGAAUCCUUCUUCAAAGUUAAUUAAGCAACAAAGCAUUCCUCAGCACACAGCAUCUGAGGUCAUCAAGAAGAUUCAGAUUUCCCGUGACGGCCGAUAUGAAAUGGUCAAAAGGUUUAUUUGUGGCCUUGCAUCGCCAAAGCCUUGGAAAAUCCUGAAAGAUUGUAUUGGACCUCCGUCUAAGGAAUCCCAGAAACACACCCUCAAUUGGAUUGCGGAGGGAGUGAAGGAAUUUGAAGAGGAAAACAACAAGGUGGUUAAUCUGCUCCAUUGCCUGUUUGAGCUGCAGGAUCCACAAACCGCACAGAACAUAGCGGAAGUGACGGCAAAGAUUAACCUGUCGAACACGCGUUUGUCCCCCAUGGACUGCACCACGAUCUCCUACGCCGUGAAGAGCCGGAGCAACCCUUUGGAGACCCUCGCGUUGAACAACUGUGGCCUCCGGCAACGGGAGGUGAAGGAACUUGUUCCCGCAAUGAACAUGUGCAAGGAAUUGAGCCUGGACAGGAAUGAGUUUGCGGACCUCGGCAUGAGGCAUCUGGCGGAGAGUCUGGCCAAGGGAGGACGGCAUUUGGAGGAGUUGCGGCUUUACAGGUGCGGAUUGACAGAGGAGUCUGGCGCUGACCUCCGUGACAUACUCAACUCAUGCCAUGGUUUGAGAAAGCUCUUGCUCAGUCAUAAUGUUCUCAAGGACGCGGGCAUCAACAUUCUUGCAGAGGGUACCUCCAGAGGAGGUGUACAUUUGGAAGAACUGGAUUUGUGGGACUGCUCCUUGACGGAUGAUGCUGGCUCAGCUCUACGCAACAUCGCCGUCAACUGCCGCCACUUGAGGAAACUCCAGCUGAACGACAACAAGCUCAUGGAUGCCGGCGUGAGGAUGUUGGUGGAUGGAGUGUCUCAAGGGAAAGGGCGUUUGGAGGAGUUGCAUAUUUGGAACAACUCGCUGACCGAGGACUCGGGUCAUGCACUUUGCGAUAUCGUUGCUGCGGGCCAAGGCCUCAAGGAGCUUGGGUAA